ACUCCUGACUCCCCCACCUCACUCUCUCCUCCAUUUCCUUCCAGCUCCCACUCCCAAACCACCUCUCUCUCCCCAAUGGCAGCCAUAGCUCGCGUCUCCAGAAAAACCCUAGCCUCCUUCUCCAGCUCAGCCCAUCCAUCCACCUUCCACCGCACCUUCGCCGCCGAAGCAGCAAAAGCCGCGGCCAUAACACCCUCACCGGAUCGGGUCAAAUGGGACUACAGAGGUCAGAGAAGGAUAAUUCCGCUCGGCCAGUGGCUCCCGAAGAUCGCCGUCGACGCUUACGUGGCACCCAACGUGGUCUUGGCGGGUCAGGUCACGGUCUGCGACGGAGCAUCCGUUUGGCCCGGGUCGGUCCUCCGCGGCGAUCUCAAUAAGAUCACCGUCGGAUUCUGCUCCAAUGUUCAGGAACGCUGCGUCCUUCACGCCGCUUGGUCUUCCCCAACAGGACUUCCAGCAGAGACAUCCAUUGAGAGGUUUGUGACUAUUGGCGCAUACAGUCUGUUGCGGUCCUGCACAAUUGAGCCAGAAUGCAUUAUCGGGCAACAUUCGAUCCUAAUGGAAGGUUCCUUGGUGGAGACCCACGCUAUCCUUGAAGCUGGAUCUGUGGUUCCCCCGGGGAGGAGAAUUCCAACCGGUGAACUUUGGGCUGGAAACCCGGCAAGGUUUGUCCGAACCCUGACACAUGAAGAGACCUUGGAGAUCCCAAAACUCGCUGUCGCAAUAAACGAUCUAAGCAAAGAAUAUUUCCAAGAAUUCCUCCCGUAUUCCACAGUAUAUUUGGAGGUUGAAAAGUUCAAGAAAUCUUUGGGGAUUUCCAUUUGAUCAGUUUCAUCGUCAUGUUUCGUUGUAUCGUUUAGCUGGAGGCUUUCCUCGUAAGGAAAUAAGCAGCUCCGAGACAGAGCUGUCUUUUUUGGGUGUCCACCUUGUAUUUCGAUCGUACUGUUUUGAAAUAUCAAUCGACAAUCGGAUGUUCUAAUCGUAGUUUCCGGCCGGCACUUAUAAGGAAACUCCGAUCACUUGCAUCCCCAUUUGUUUAAGCUCAAUCUCAGUGUGUGGUUGUAGCUGACUUGAUGCCAUAUAUAAAAAGAUUCACCAUUGCUGUUCUUCUA